AUGCCAUUGUCAAUGUCAGAAGCUAGUGCUUCCCCAACUACAAGUGUGACUCCACUGACUGUAUCUGGAGCUACCACAAUCCCCAGUAAAUCUCUGGUCCUCAGUGCUAUCAAUACUCUGCGUAAUUCCAGAGAGUCACAGCUCAAUGAAUCGGUAAAGGUGGUGAAUGUCACCUAUGAAAAAAUCUCAGAAACCUCCUAUGCUGUGGUCUUUACAUUUAAUGUGAUUAACAUCAGCAUGCCAGAGGACCCUGAGUCUAAAGCCAACACCUACCUGCAAGUGCAAGAUACCAUCAAUAAUGCGCUGAACACUCUUCUGAAUGAACCUGGCAGUCCAAGUUUACAACCCAAGACCUCCAACUUCACAUCUGGAUCAGCAAUGGUCACAAGCAAGCUGGUGUUCAACUCCUCAUCUCCAGUCCCCGGUGAAUCUCUGGUCCUCAGUGCAAUCAAUACUCUGCGUAAUUCCAGACAGUCACAGCUCAAUGAAUCGGUGAAGGUGGUGAAUGUCACCUAUGAGAAAAUCUCAGAAACCUCCUAUGCUGUGGUCUUUACAUUUAACGUGAUUAACAUCAGCAUGCCAGAGGACCCUAAGUCUAGAGGCAACACCAACCAGCAAGUGCAGGAUACCAUCAAUAAAGCGCUGAACACUCUUCUGAAUGAACCUGGCAGUCUAAGUUUACAACCCAAGACCUCCAACUUCACGAGCACUUCAAACCAGAUUGAUGGCAGGAUGGAAUACACCUUCCAGGAUGGAGAUGUCAUACAACCAGUCAGCUUCCUCAAUGAGCUACGUUUACCCACCACUACAACAGUGUUUCCGGAAGCAACAACCAAAAAAUCAAUAAUUGAGAAAUCUGGUUCAGCAGUGGUCACAAGCAAGCUUUUGUUCAACUCCUCAUCUCCAGUCCCCAGUGAAUCUCUGGUCCUCAAUGCAAUCAAAACUCUGCGUAAUUCAAGAGAGUCACAGCUCAAUGAAUCGGUGAAGGUGGUGAAUGUCACCUAUGAGAAAAUCUCAGAGACCUCCUAUGCUGUGUUCUUUACAUUUAACGUGAUUAACAUCAGCAUGCCAGAGGACCCUAAGUCUAGAGGCAACACCAACCAACAAGUGCAGGAUACCAUCAAUAAUGCGCUGAACACUCUUCUGAAUGAACCUGGCAGUCCAAGUUUACAACCCAAGACUUCCAACUUCACGAGCACUUCAAACCAGAUUGAUGGCAGGAUGGAAUACACCUUCCAGGACGGAGAUGUCAUACAACCAGUCAGUUUCCUCAAUGAGCUACGUCUACCCACCACUACAACAGUGUUUCCCGAAACAACAUUUGGUUUCUCUGUGACUCCUUCAAACCUCAUAUCUGGAUCAGCAGUGGUCAAAAGCAAGCUGGUGUUCAACUCCUCAUCUCCAGUCCCCAGUGAAUCUUUGGUCCUCAAUGCAAUCAAAACUCUGCGUAAUUCCAGAGAGUCAAAGCUCAAUGAAUCGGUGAAGGUGGUGAAUGUCACCUAUGAGAAAAUCUCAGAAACCUCCUAUGCUGUGGUUUUUACAUUUAACGUCAUUAACAUCAGUAUGCCAGAGGACCCUAAGUCUAGAGGAAACACCAACCAACAAGUGCAGGAUACCAUCAAUAAUGCGCUGAACACUCUUCUGAACGAACCUGGUAGUCCAACUUUACAACCCAAGUCAUCAAACUUCACGAUCACUUCAAACCAGAUUGAUGGCAGGAUGGAAUACAGCUUCCAGGAUGGAGAUGUCAUACAACCAGUCAGUUUCCUCAAUGAGCUACGUCUACCCACCACUACAACAGUGUUUCCCGAAACGACAUUUGGUUUCUCUGUGACUCCUUCAAACCUCAUAUCUGGAUCAGCAGUGGUCAAAAGCAAGCUGGUGUUCAACUCCUCAUCUCCAGUCCCCAGUGAAUCUCUGGUCCUCAAUGCAAUCAAAACUCUGCGUUAUUCCAGAGAGUCACAGCUCAAUGAAUCGGUGAAGGUGGAGAAUGUCACCUAUGAGAAAAUCUCAGAAACCUCCUAUGCUGUGUUCUUUACAUUUAACGUGAUUAACAUCAGCAUGCCAGAGGACCCUAAGUCUAGAGGCAACACCAACCAGCAAGUGCAGGAUACCAUCAAUAAAGCGCUGAACACUCUUCUGAAUGAACCUGGCAGUCUAAGUUUACAACCCAAGACCUCCAACUUCACGAGCACUUCAAACCAGAUUGAUGGCAGGAUGGAAUACACCUUCCAGGAUGGAGAUGUCAUACAACCAGUCAGCUUCCUCAAUGAGCUACGUCUACCAACCACUACAACAGUGUUUCCGGAAGCAACAACCAGUGUUUCUGUUACUACUCCCAAUCUCAUAUCUGGUUCAGCAGUGGUCACAAGCAAGCUUUUGUUCAACUCCUCAUCUCCAGUCCCCAGUGAAUCUCUGGUCCUCAAUGCGAUGAAAACUCUGCGUAAUUCAAGAGAGUCACAGCUCAAUGAAUCGGUGAAGGUGGUGAAUGUCACCUAUGAGAAAAUCUCAGAAACCUCCUAUGCUGUGGUCUUUACAUUUAACGUCAUUAACAUCAGUAUGCCAGAGGACCCUAAGUCUAGAGGAAACACCAACCAACAAGUGCAGGAUACCAUCAAUAAUGCGCUGAACACUCUUCUGAACGAACCUGGCAGUCCAACUUUACAACCCAAGUCAUCAAACUUCACGAUCACUUCAAACCAGAUUGAUGGCAGGAUGGAAUACACCUUCCAGGACGGAGAUGUCAUACAACCAGUCAGUUUCCUCAAUGAGUUACGUCUACCAACCAGUACAACAGUGUUUCCCGAAACAACAUUUGGUUUCUCUGUGACUCCUUCAAACCUCAUAUCUGGAUCAGCAGUGGUCAAAAGCAAGCUGGUGUUCAACUCCUCAUCUCCAGUCCCCAGUGAAUCUCUGGUCCUCAAUGCAAUCAAAACUCUGCGUAAUUCCAGAGAGUCACAGCUCAAUGAAUCGGUGAAGGUGGUGAAUGUCACCUAUGAGAAAAUCUCAGAAACCUCCUAUGCUGUGGUCUUUACAUUUAACGUCAUUAACAUCAGUAUGCCAGAGGACCCUAAGUCUAGAGGAAACACCAACCAACAAGUGCAGGAUACCAUCAAUAAUGCGCUGAACACUCUUCUGAAUGAACCUGGCAGUCCAACUUUACAACCCAAGACUUCCAACUUCACGAGCACUUCAAACCAGAUUGAUGGCAGGAUGGAAUACACCUUCCAGGAUGGAGAUGUCAUACAACCAGUCAGUUUCCUCAAUGAGCUACGUCUACCAACCACUACAACAGUAUCUGGUUCAGCAGUGGUCACAAGCAAGCUGGUGUUCAACUCCUCAUCUCCAGUCCCCAGUGAAUCUCUGGUCCUCAAUGCAAUCAAAACUCUGCGUAAUUCAAGAGAGUCACAGCUCAAUGAAUCGGUGAAGGUGGUGAAUGUCACCUAUGAGAAAAUCUCAGAAACCUCCUAUGCUGUGGUCUUUACAUUUAACGUCAUUAACAUCAGUAUGCCAGAGGACCCUAUGUCUAGAGGCAACACCAACCAACAAGUGCAGGAUACCAUCAAUAAUGCGCUGAACACUCUUCUGAACGAACCUGGCAGUCCAAAUUUACAACCCAUGUCAUCAAACUUCAAGAAUACAUUAAAUCAGAUUGAGGGCAGUAUGGCGUACAUCUUCCAAGAUACAGGUGCCAUAAAACCAGUCAGCUUCUUACAGGCACUUAAUUCAUUGACAGUCUUAACGACAGCCAGCACUCUGACAACAAGCGCAACUUCUCCACCAACAUUGUUGGGGAAAGUUUAUAUAAAUAUUCGAUUGGUAUUUAACACAUUGGGCCAAAUACCAAGUGAAACUAUCAUUCUACAGUUGGCCAAAUCUUUGAUUGGCCCACGUUACAGAACUAAAGAUGUCUCAACACCAACCCAAGAUGCGAGCCUUAUGAAUGUCACCUAUACAAGAAUUAAUGAUACCUCCUAUGCGCUCACAUUUGGAUUUGAAAUCAGCAAUAUAUCCAUAGCUGAGAAAAUUGAACUAAGGAAUGAAACUUACACUUCAAUCAAAAGCACUAUAAAUGAAUUGCUUAUCGAAAUCCUAAAGGACCCCUCAGCUUCUCAGUUUGAUCUCCAUCACGUUGAAUUCAAGGAUAAUAGCACAGUAAUUCUGGCCAGUGUUCAGUAUGUUUUCUCAGAAAGUGACUUGAACACAAACAGCACCUUUGUCCAGAAAAUAUUCAAAGCUAAUGAAGGUAUUACCACAUCCACACCUGCCUUGACGACAGCCAGCACUCUGACAACAACUUCUCCACCAAACUUGCUUGGGAAAGUGAUCAUAUACAUCAGGCUUGUGUUUAGAACGCGGGGUACUAUACCAAGUCAGAGUAACGUUAUUCAUGUAGCUAACACUCUGUUGAAUGGAAUGAAACUGAGAACUAAACGAGCCCUUACAACAAAAGAUCUGACUGAACUUGUGAGCUUUGUGAAUGUCACCUAUACAAAAAUUGAUGAUACUUCCUUCUCUCUUAACUUUGGAUUUGAAAUCAGCAAUGUGUCCAUCUCUGAGAAACUUGAAUUCAGGAAUGAGACCUACAAAGUGAUCCAGAACUAUAUUAAUUCAUUUGUAUCCACAAUACUAAAUAAAACAACAACUACUGACUUUAAUUUCAAUCAAAUCAUUUUCAAGGGUAAUUCCACUGUGAUUGAGGCCAGCGUAGAGUAUGUCUUCACAGACACUGACAUCGGCAGUUUCGGCUUGGUCACAACUUUGCUCGGACUUACUACAACAGCCGCUCCAACCACCUUUUACCCCACAAUUCUGCACACUACAAUCUCAAAUAACAGUACUAAUGCAGCAUGGAUUGUGGCAAUCAUUGUCCCCUGUGCUAUUGUCAUCGGGCUCGUACCUUGCUGGAUUCUUCUUUGUUGUUUGCUGUGUGGUUGCUGUGCAGCAAUCAGAAGACGUUGGCACAGAAGACGGUCAUACAAUGUGCAGUACACCACUCGAAACAGUCUCUUCUAGAGAUAUUCAAAAACAAACUUUGACACAUAAAAGUUUAUUAAUUUUCCUGUAUUGCUGGGCAUACCUGACCUCUCCAAAUGUGAUGCAACUUUGAUUAAAAAAAAAGACUAUUUAUGGAAUGAUUUUAUUUAUUUGUAAAUUCUGUUAUGUAAAGUAAUGAUGAUCUUGCUUUCUAAAUGAAAGAUUUAUUUGGUAGUAUGUAUCUAAUGUUAAGGGAAAAAGGUAGAAUGUGUUUAUUCACACUUCAUGUACUUUAUCUUUAUCUAAAAUAAUAUAUUGCACCCUGAUGACAUAUGUAUGUGCCAUUCCACAAUUAAUGU